AGGCAGAUUUCAUGAAGUAUUUGAUAGAUCAUGAAAAUUUUAGAUAUUGGGCUAAAUGAGUAGGUAUCUGAUUAUUUGUCUAGACUAUUGGUAUGCCAGGGACUGUGCACAUAGGCUAAUUGGAAAAAAAAUCUAUACAAAAAGGAGUAAUUUAUUAUAAUCUCUAUGCCAUCAAAUUCAAAGUGAUUGUUCCCUCUAAAUAUAUAUUCACUUAAAAUGUCAUUAAGAGUUUAUGAAAACAUAGUUUUCAGGAGAUAUCAAUCAACCUUUGGAGGUCAUUAAAUAACCCAGCAUAAUUAGCUAAUUAUGACCUGGUUACAGUAGAAAAACCAAUGACAAGUGCUGAUUAUCGAAAGAGGGGGUAAGACCCUAAUAAAUUUUUUGAGAAGGGGAAACGAGUAAGUUAAACUCUUGAAUUGCUUUCAGAACUCAAAUCAAUUUUACGACAAACUUUGAAGUGCAAACAUCUCCAAGUGCAAGACCAAAACUUUUAUACAAAACGAAGUCUUACAUAAAAUUGUAUAUUGUUUAAUCGCUUCAUCAGAAUAAAAUGGCAAACAUCAUUUUUGAUUUGAAAAACGUGCAGGAGUUGGUAAAAUCCGGAGAAAUGAGUGUCAACUCGGUGUUUCCUUGGAAACAGUACGAUGAAAUAAGUGUUAUACAAUUCGCCAUUAUAAACUCAGACGACGAAUUCAUCGAUUUCUUGUUGGCAAAUAACAUUAGUCUGAGUAAGACCACUAAAAGUUUGGGAAUGGCGCUCGACGUAGCUAUCAAGAAACAAAAACUUGACGUAGUGAAGAAAUUAGUUACUUCUGGAGCUGAAAUUAAUCCAACACCACAUCUUUGUAAGACAUUAUUUCCACUUCAUCUAGCUAUCGAUUAUGGGAACUACGAUAUCACUGAGUUUCUGGUUAUGUCAGGUGCUGAGGUGAAUGCAAAAGUUCAUAAAGCUACAUUCAACAGUGCUUGUUAUAAUUUUUCUGCUUUGAACCUGGCUAUUUCUAAAAUGGAUAUCCGAGUAAUUAAGUUACUAUUGGAUAACAACGCCAUCAUUGAUCAAGCUUCUGACGAAGUACACUCUUCUCUACACUUGGCUGCAAGGCUCAACAGAGUUGACAUUAUUCAGAUUCUAGAGGAAUUUGGAGUAAAAUUUGAAGUGAUCAAGGACCAAGAAUACACGUUGGAGUUUGACGCAGCUAUACGGCAUGAUAACAUGGACAUUGUAAACUUUUUCUUUAAAAAUUGUGACAAUUUUUUGGACAUUUCCGAUUCCUAUGGUGAUACGGUAGCUCACUUGGCAGUUCAGUUUAGUUGUAUUAAUAUUUUGCGUUAUUUACUGGACUGUGGAACAAAUAUCAAUAUAAUUAACUAUGAUAAUUCCAGUUUGCUUGAUAUCGCCAUGGAGAUAAAUAUUAACCACACACUUCGUAAUCAGAUAGAGGAUCAAUCUUUAGAAAUUAUCAAAGUAAUUGAGGAUCACAUCAUCUAGUUAUCCGCAGCCGAUAUAUUUGUUGAUAAAAAAAAUUUAAAAGCUGUGGAUGGUGACAUUUUAAAACCAUUCCGUGAAAAGUGCAAAAAAGAAAUUAACGAAUUAAAAACCAAGAGAAUCAGCAAAACAAAUUUUAAUUAUUAUAGUGUGUUAGAAAAAAACUUACAUAGAUUAGCUGUCGGACUAACAAAUUUAGAUGACUAUAUUGACGAA